CAGACGCUGGCAAUGCACCAGUUUCCAUCCCCGCCUCCAACCAAAUUGUCUGGGCCUCCGCAACCGAAGCAAUAAGCACAAUCACUCCUCUAGAGGCAUGUUCUCCUCAAUCCAUCUGCCGACAACAAAGCGGAUAAUCACUCUUGCGCAUGACCAGGUGCACGCGACAUCACUGGGUGUUAGCCUGAGCCUUCAUCUGGAGUCCUUCAAGGAACUCACCUCGAUUGUCUUCGAAAACAAAGCGUCCAGCGCACUUGCUGAUGUCGCAACAAGCGUUGGCGCACCACCGGAACACGACAAGUGCACGCAAGAUCCUACCCUCCACAACCUCAAAUCGAAAUCAACAGCACGAAGUAUUCAGGAGCCCCGCCCCCUCUCCAUGCCUCGGAUGCUCGGCGGCUGCGAUCACCGCUCCGCGUCUAUGGAGCGAAAAGCACUCUUUGCGACGAUCUCACCCGCGGCCUCAAGCCUCAUCCCAACCUCAUCGUCCUAUCAACUUCGCUGCCAAACUCCAGCUACAAGCCUCAUCCCAACUCGCGCACCCGGCGUCGCAACCUCUCCCACCCCCUCUUUAAUAGGCUCCGACACGAGCACCGCGGCCAUCGCGCCGUCUGGAUCCGGUGCUGUCUUCGACUGGAAGUCGUCAUCCGCAAGCACCCCUCCACAACCUCCCCACUCACCAUCAACAGCACGAAGCGCCCCUCAGGGAGGAGCCCGGCCAUCCGCUGUAGUCCUUUCACGAGAAAGGCAUCGCGCCACGCGCGGGUUGCGGAAUUAUAAGGUUCCCCUUCGACUGGAGAUUACGGUGGUGGCGAGGAAUGUAGUAACAUGGGGCAAAAUAUCCAUACAAAUCACUUGAAAAAAACAUAAGUUUACGGAACUUUUUCCUUGUCCACCCCGGUGCGACAAUUCCCUCUUCGAUCUCAUCCAUCACGAUCGCCACCGGCACGAAGGAUACACCAGCUUGGCACGGAUUCAAUAAGCCGUGACGGAUCCGUACUGAUGACACGGUUUCGUACUGAUCACGGAUUCGUACUGAUGACACCACACUCCCCUCUCCAACCUCAAUACCCAUGACCUCGACGGCACGAUGGUGCGCGCGCUGGAGCCCCCCGCCAGCCGCCGGCCUGCUCCAGGAGA